ACACUGUUCAAAUUUAUUCACGAUUUGCGCAAAAAUAAACUUCCAAGGUUUAUUUUUAUUAACUUAGUUUAACUAGUUCAACUUUUUAAAAACUAAAAACGAUGUGGUUCAUAGAACAAUCAAGAAUCCGUCUAAUCCCGUUACCGAAUCCGCCGAAAGAGAUGUACUUUUGCUUUCUGAACACCAAGUUUGGUAGGAUGAUAUUGGGAACAGUUCUAGUCCAAAAGGAACCUGCAAUUUGUUUGCUAUAUUUUGUGGUGAAAUCUGAUAAGGAGACCCUGGAUGAAGUUCAAAAACGUUGGCCAAAGUCACAGCUUCUCAGAGACGACUAUGCCAAUGAGGAUCUGGUCGAAAAACUAUUUGAGGGAGAAAAGGAGAACUUAGACGAGAUUCCAGUCGCUGUUCUGGGCACCGAUUUCCAGCGAGCUGUAUGGAGUGCUCUAAUCGGCUUGAAGAGCGGCCAAUCCUGCACUUACUCCCAACUGGCGGAACGCGUGGAUAACCCAAAAGCGAUACGGCCAGUGGCUAGUGCCGUUGCCAGAAAUGAAGUGGCUAUCCUCAUUCCUUGCCACCGAAUUGUAUCUCAAAACGGAUGCAGCAAGUACCGCUGGGGCGGUGCUCGAAAACAGCAGAUUCUUCGUUACGAAAAGUCCAUUAAAUAAAAAUCAUUUUUCUUUAUUGAAUUUAUAUCCGGACAA